AUGGAGUAAUAAAGGUAAACCAUUUUAUAAUUUAGGCUUGGCAUUACAUAAAUUAAAGAAAUAUAAGGAUGCGAUUCAAUGCUAUAAUUAAGCUCUUUCUAUUUGCAUUAAUCCUGUUAGACUAUAAAGAAAAGGUAAACCUUUUUAAAUUAAAUAUUUAUAUAGCUGA